UCCUGCUCUCUCCUGUUUGUUGAGCUGGGAGGGUCAGGUUUAACCUUCAGAAAGAGGCAGAGACACCUGUACCAGGCUGAGACUGCAGUGAAAGCGACUCAUAAACUGCCAGAGACAGACAUCCCUACCUGGGGGAACGAGAGGGUUCUCUGCAUGCUGGAGACAGACGCACACCUGUGGAGCGAGCAAGAAGAAGGCAAAGGUAACACUGCGACUGUCUCUUCUAGCAGACAGAUCUGAAGACAACUUUGUUCUCAGGACUUGAGAUACCAAACUGGAUGAGAGAGAGGGGGCUAUAGAGACCACUGUACAAGAAGAGAUUUGCUUCGGUGCAAAACUUGAGACACCGGAAAAUAAGGUGAAAAGUCUCUGCCUGGGGAGGGACCAGAAAGACACCUGUGCACCUCCAAAGGUCUCACUACCAUUCUGAGAGAUUAAAAUACCUGUGUAGAGGGCAGAUUUGGGAAUAACCAUCUGCCAGUGGACAAGGCCUCACUACAGCUCUGUGACUGGGGUCAUUGUGCACCCAAGGGUGAAGCCAUCACUGAGGGACUAACAGAUAGAAGAAAGGGCAGCAAUAGAAACCCCCAACAGAAUAACCCAACUCUUACAUACAGCCACCUCCUGUCUCCAUGGCGGAGGCCUCACACAGUUGGUGGAAGCUCACCUUCCUGCGCAAGAAGAAGUCCACCCCCAAGGUUGUGUAUGAGUCUGUGACAGAGCACAUAGGUGAUGAGAAGGCAGCGGAGGAAACCCAAGGAGAGAACUACACUGCUCGACUAGAGAGAAUUGUGGACAAGAACACCAAGGGCAAACACGUGAAAGUGUCCAACUCGGGACGUUUCAAAGAAAGAAAGAAAGUCCGCCCUGCACUUAAUGAGACCCCAGGACUUUGUCCCGAACAACCACCGGGGCAAUGAGGUCACAAUGGACAUACCAAGACUAAAAAGCUUUGCAAGGCAAUAAUGGCAGUAGGAGCCCUAUACUGUGUAUCGAGUUCCCUGCCCGGCAAAAUUCCAACAGGAUCCCCUUCCUCAUAAUAUAUGGGGGGGCUCAUAGUUACUUGAUUCCUUUUAACUCACUGCUCCUUUUGUAAAAUAAAUCAGCCAAUGGAAACGAGGAAUACUUUGCCCUUGUGACAUCUUCCUGCACAAUGACUCGCCUGGCUGGAAUAAAUAGGCAACACCUAGCCCAUGACUCUUCAUGCAUGACCUCUAGCCAUCCAUGCUUGCGAAUGCUCGGCUUUCAGUUCUCCAAUCACGUUCAGAGACGCACGCAUUGUGUUUAUGGGUGCGUGCACAUCUUGGGCCCUUAGCAGUAGAAGCGUUCAUUCUUCAGAUUGUAGGUCUGCAUAGGCUGCUUUUGUCUUCUCCAUGUUUAGUCUGUCCUGAUCUUUCAUGCGACUGCAAAGCCACUUACACCCAAUGCCAGGGGCGUAACUAUAAAGGGAGGUGACUGCAGGGGGGCCCAGGAGUGUAGAGAGGCCCAAUCAAUGAGCAAGUGGUCAAUGGCCAUACGUUUUAGGACCUCUAAGAUACAUUUGCUAUGGGGCUUAGUAUCAUCUAAUUAUAGCACUGCCAAACAUGCCACAGUUCAGCUAUAAUCCAGUUAAUACAUGUAUAACAGAAGAAUAAUUAUUGUUAUUAUCAUCAUCAUCAUCAUCAGGGUAUUUAUUUCGCCUCUAAUCUAUUCUGCAGACAGGUGAACCUGCCUGUAUAUUUAUAUCAGCACUGCCUGUAUAUUUAUAUCAGCCCUGCCUGUAUAUUUAUAUA